CGGCUUGCGCAGCCUGAUGAUCAGAUCGAGAUCCAAUUAAGGAUGAGUAAGGACUCCCCCUUUGGAUGGUGGUUUGGGUCUAUUGGUCAUCUGGAUAAUUGCCACAUGGCAGGUGUUCAAGGGGGGGGAGGGGGAGGGGGAGGGGGCGGCGGAGGCGGAGGCGGCGCGGGGCCGGGAGAAAUUGGCGGGAGCGGGAAUUGCUGCACGUGCAAGGAGCAGAGUGAUGUGGCAAUCUGCUUUGAUCUGUUCCCCGAAGGCUCUCGAUGGAAAGUCGCUGUGAUGUCACGCCAUUGCGCGGGGAUGGAGUUGCCCUUCCCAGGAGCGGGACUCAAAGAGUGCGGGGCUUAUCUUGGGGGCAUAAGGAUCCUCAGGAGUGAGAGUGACGUCAACGCCUGGCGUCGAGUCUGGCAUAAUAAGAAGUUUCUUCACUGAUUGAUUGAUUGAUUUUUUUUUAUUUUUUUUUUCGGUCCAAUUUUUCUUUUUUUUUCCCGAUUUCUUGUCGUCGUCGAUCGAUGAUGAUUGAUGAUGAUUGAGCCCUUUGGUGUGUGAUGGUUCAUUGGGGAACUCAUCGCCUGGCUCGAAUGGGGGCAAACAAAUUUUUAAUUGCUAAGCAAUUAAAAAUUAAAAGAUAUUACAGUAAUUGCUCCCCUUGUUCCGUUCUGCCUUUUUUUUCCGUACACUAUCCCGGUACUUCUACUCCAAUGUACCUUUGCCCCGAUCUCUGGAAUCCUUUUCCUACCCUUGUUUUCUCCUCCCUCUCUCUCUCUGUCUCCAUUUCUCUCUUCCUCCUCUCUCUCUCUUUCCUUCCCUUUCUCCUGCUCUCCUCCUCUCUUCCUCUCCCGCCUUCUCUCUUCCUCUCCCAGGUCUCCCUUCCUCUUCCUCUCUUUCAUUCGUCCUCUCUCUUCCUCUCUUUUCUGUUCGCCUCCUCUCUCCCUCUCUCUGCUUUUCCUCGCUCUCUCUCUCUCUCCCCCCACCCUUCUUGGCCCCUUCUCUCCCUAGUCUCUCCAUUCUCCUCCUCUUAUUGAGGUGUUCUCAGUUCGAUCAAUCAAUCAAUCAGUCAUCAAUCGCUCUCUUUCUUUCCUUGUCGUGUUUUCCUUGGAAUUACUCUCUCUCUCUCUUGCUCUCUCUCUCUCUCUCUUGCUCUCUCUCUCUUGCUCUCUCUCUCUUGCUCUCUCUCUCUCUCUCUCUCUCUUGCUCUCUCUCUCUCUCUCUCUUGCUCUCUCUCUCUCUUGCGCGCGCGUGCGCGCGCCCGCGGUCUCUUAAGGAUAUGCGCAUGUUUUCCAAUUUAAGGAAAUCUCCCAACAUGUACAUUUUGGGGGGGGAAGGGAAGGGAGGGAGGGUACCUCCUUCGCCCCGCUACUGCGUUCUUGGGCGUGUCCUCUGCCGCUGCUCCAUAUGAUCUUCGGGGGCGAGGUGCUUCAUCUCUUCGGCGGGCAGAGCGUGACUUGUUUUUCUCUCUUUCACUCCCUCUUUUUCACUGCCUCUCUUUCUCUCUCUCUUCCCCUCCCCACGCUCCCUCUCUUUUUCUCUCUUCGCUCUUUUUCUUUCCCUUCGUCUUUCUUGCUUUUCUUGUUCCUCUCUUUCUCUCCCCCUCCCCACUUCUCUCCCCGCCUCCUUCGCCCUCUCUCUCCACCGCCUUCUCUCUCCUUGACCCCCUUUUCACGCUCUCACCCUGUGCGUCUCUUUCGCUCUUCCUGCAUUUCGCCCAGUUUGUCGCUGUUGCCCUGCAGCACUCGUUUUGCCUCUUCGUUUCUUGUUUGUCUUCCUUCCUCUUUCGUCCUCCCUCCCUCCCUCCCUCCCUCGAAUCUCUUUGAUCGUUCGCUGAAUAUUCGUUCUUUGACAUUUUCUCUGCCUUCCUCGUUAGCUUAAACUCGCGUAGCUGUGUCCCUGGAGUUGGGAUCGGCUUCGGUCGGUUAGCAGGAAAUUGUCUUCGACGGGAAGGGACGGGUGGGGGGGGCUAAGAAGUGACAUCUAGUGUCAUUAAACUUUUGACCAUCAAUUUGAGUGAAACAUAUCGACAAACAGAUCAUCGAAAGACAGACAGACGGCGGACAGACAAACACACAAUGUACCAAGCAUUUGUUUGUAGUAAGGUACCAUUAAGUCGGGGUCUGCGGCACUUGUGUCUUCUUGAUUGCUUCGUCUUCCGAGGAUCAGAAUGCACCUUGUAAACCAGCCAAUCAUACUUGUUGACGUUUCCUCUCUCUCUCUCUCUCUCUCUGUGUCUCCACGUCUACGUCUCCCUCGAUCACGUGGGUCUGUAUAUCAUAUAUCAUCUAAUUGAAGUACACGCCCAGCUGCGCGCCACUCGUCAUCUAGAUCUACACUGGUUGCAGAGAGGAAGUAUGUGUUAUGCCACGUGUCA